GUAUAUGAGCAAAUGAAGCAGGUAUGGAGUCGACGAGGCUGUGGAGCCGUUUCGUACAAUUCGACAGCAAACUUUCCGCAACACCCGCAGAACCCGCAAGUCCAAAGGGAUGAUUAAUUACUAACUUUGCAACACACCGCGCAGAUCGUGGAUCUUGUCAAGCAGCUGAAUAUGCACAGAUCGUACAAAGCUCGUCUUCCAGACCGUGUCGAGUACAUGACUCAUAACUCACCGUUCAACACGAUAAAAGCCAGCACACCAGAUCCCAAUAUGACAAACACAUCGAAGACAGACUCAUCUGCCACUCACGAUGUCCCACCCGACAUAUACCAGCAAGUCCCUCACUAACGGCAUCCACGCCCUAACAGGCGGCGCCAACAAGGGCACCAGCGGUCCCAUCAUCUGUCUGGCAGGCUGGCCCCAAACAGCAGAAUCCUUCGCCGAAGUCUUUCCACUACUCGCCCAAGACCACCACGUCCUGAUCCUCGACCCACCAGGCCUGGGCUCUUCCGCGCCCAGUCCGAAAGACUACACGACCAAGACCAUCAGCAAUAUCCUCGCCGCGACCGUGAGCGCCGAACUAGGCGACCAGACCAAAUACCACCUCAUCGCACACGACAUUGGAGCCUGGAUCGCAUACGCAUGGGCAUGUCAAUUCCCCAAGUCGCUCCUGAGCGUGACAUUCAUCGACGCCGGCAUCCCAGGCCUACUUCCCCCACUCGAAUACCCGCUCCCCGACGCAGCAAAUCUCCGCCUAUGGCAGUUCUCAUUCAACGCUCUCCCCGAAUUACCCGAGAUCUUGACUGCAGGCAAAGAGCGCCAACUGCUCGACUGGUUCUUCGACCUCAAGUGCGUGCACCCGGAGCGCAUCACGCGCGCGAAACGCGACCACUACGUCGCGAGUUACAGCAAGCCUGGCGCCAUGACGAACGGGUUUAAUUACUACCGCGCCUUUGCGGGAAGUGCGAGACAGUACGUGGACGAGUUCAGUCAGGUCAAGAUUGACGUGCCUGUGCUCGCGAUCGGCGGGGAGAAAGCCAUGGGCUCGGCGAUGAAGAUUGUUCUGGGCAUAGCCGAGGCGGAGGUCCAGUCCAGGUCCAAACUUGUCAUCGUCGAGGACUGUGGUCAUUUCGUGCCUGAAGAGCAGCCUGAAAUUACAGCGAGGGAGAUCCUCGCUUUCAUUGGGACCUGUCGAUAGACAAAUCCUCACAAUAUGCUCAAGUGUGCUGAACCUUCACAGUGGGCGCACUCUCAACCUGCACAGCAUCGACUUUAUCUUGCAUAGCAGCCCC